CUUAAAAAAAAAAAAAAUUUACAUGCAAGCUGCGUUCUUCAAAAGGGUAUUUUCGAGACCGGCUGGCCCUCCAAGGGGGACACCGACGAGGCCGGAGCCACUCCGGAGAAUGCCAAAAAGUACAACGGCAACCUCAUCAACAAGCUGGUGUGCGGGAAGAAGGGGACGCCCAUGAGGCCCAACGCCGACUUGAACAUCUAUGUCUUCGCCCUUUUCAACGAGAACAUGAAGUCCAGCCCAACCUCCGAGAGGAACUACGGCCUCUUCAAGCCGGAUGACUCCUCGGCCUACUACAUUGGCUUCAACAGCACCGGUCUCCUUUCCACUUCCUCCAAUACCUCCACUACUCCUAGUAGUACUGGUAGUAGCAGCAGCAGCAGUAGUAGUGUUCCUCUUGGCUCCUCCUCCUCCUCCGGUAGCACCACUUCUUCCACAGCAGUAGUAGUAUCAUAAGAUGAAAGUCAAAGAGAAAUAUGAAAAAUAUG